AUGGAUACCAAAGAGGGUGUUUUGAUGCAACGUUACGAGUUAGGGAAGAUGAUUGGACAUGGGAAUUUUGCAAAAGUCUACCAUGGCAGGAACCUUGAAACCGGGAUGAGUGUUGCAAUUAAGAUCAUAGAUAAAUCAAAGGUUAUGAAAGCCGGAAUGAUGACACAAAUAAAGAGAGAGAUCUCUGCUAUGAAAUUAGUCAAACACCCGCAUAUAAUACAGCUCCACGAAGUCAUGGCUAGCAAAACCAAGAUUUACUUCGUUUUAGAAUACGCUAAAGGAGGAGAGCUCUUUGAUAAGCUGAUUAAAGGGAAGCUGAAAGAAGAUGCUGCAAGGAAAUACUUUCAGCAGCUCAUCAGUGCCAUUGGUUUCUGCCAUAGCCGGGGAGUUUACCAUCGAGAUUUGAAACCUGAGAAUUUGUUAUUAGAUGAUGAAGGGAAUUUGAAGGUUUCAGAUUUUGGUUUGAGUGCUUUGGAUGAAACCAGGAGGCAAGAUGGUUUGAUUUAUACAAGUUGUGGUACCCCUUCGUAUGUUGCUCCUGAAGUGAUUAACCAGAAAGGGUAUGAUGGGGAAAAAUCGGAUAUUUGGUCUUGUGGGGUGGUCUUGUUUGUGCUUUUGGCUGGUUUUCUACCAUUUCAUGAUUCUAACCUCAUGGAGAUGUAUAGAAAGAUCACAAUGGGAAAAUUCAAGUUUCCAAAUUCGUUCCCUAAUGAAGCAAAAAGUUUAGUGUCGAAGAUCUUGGAUCCAAACCCUGAAACCAGGGUUUCCAUUGCCGAAAUAAUGGAAACCCCGUGGUUUAAAACAGGUUUGGUUUCCGAACCACAAAGAACCAACAAAAUGGUUUCUGACAAUCUGGGAAACCAGUCUGAUUCAUUUAUGAGCUCUUCUUCAGAGAAAACUAGUGACUCCACGUAUUCAACAGUAGGAACAACAGACGUUUUAGAAAAAGAUGGUAACUUAAACGCGUUUGAUAUCAUUUCAUUGUCACGAGGAGUCAACUUGUCGGCAUUGUUCUACCGCAAUGCCAAAGAUGAGAAAGAAGUUAGGUUCAUGUCAAGACAGACGCGUGGGGCUAUCGUUUUGAAGUUGGAAGAAAUAGCUAAGAGUUGGAAGUUGAAAAUGAUGAAAAGCAACGGAGUUUUGCUAAAGAUGGAAGGAUUAGAAGAAGGCAUAAAUGGUGGUUUAGCCAUUGAUUGUGAAAUACACGAGAUUACGGCUAAUCUUCACCUCAUUGAGGUAAAGCGAUUGGGUGAUGAUAAGUUUGGGUUUUGGGAGAUUGUAAACGAGCAUAUAAAACCGGCCCUUUUUGGUGUUUUAUAG